AUGAAUUCUAGGAAUGAUUUACCUAAAAGCAAUUUAUCUGAUCGAGAGCACUUUUUUUCACCAACACGUUCAAGUCGUGAUGCAUCAUUAGCAUUAGAUGAAGCCACUCAUGAUUUAUUACGUCUUUCUUCACAGCCACCAGAUAUUUGGUAUAGCAGUAGUUCACGUCCGCUGCAUGCAUCCGAUCGCAUCCCAAAAUCUGCAUCUACUACAUCAAUGAAUAAAGUUAUUAGGGCAAAGGAUGGUGGAAUGAUGAAAUUAUUAAAUGCUUUUUCAUGGGAUAGCAAUCGAUUAAGUGAUCUUGGUCCUACUGAUACAUCAGCAUAUACUGAUGAAGAAGGACGGCGACAUCAAACAGUUACCGUUUAUACUAAUCAAAAAAGAAAAGGACCACCAAUCAUUCGAACAACAGUGGAAGGCAAAUUAAAAAUGGAAAAAGUUGUUGGGGCAGAUCUUAUAUCUGUUGAGCAUUGUACAUGUAGUGCAUGGACAAUACAUGAUACUAUUACUCAUUAUAAAGUAAAAACUACAUUAGGAAAUCGUACAAUAAUUAUGGAAGACGAAUCAACGAAUGAUAAAAAUCGCGAUGGAAGUUUCAAAAUGAGUUUUUAUGAAAAUGAUCAAUUAAAAACACGAGAUAAUGCUGAUUUUCAAAUACCAUCGAAUGUAGAUAAAGCUAAAUAUUUGUCAUUGCUAAGUCAACGAUUGUUGCAUGAUAUGGAAAUGUUAAAUCAACAUGAUGAAAAGAAAACAACAACAACAACAACAACAGCAAACACGAGUUGA